CUUUUCAACCCUACUUCACCAGGAUUCAUUUUAGUGUCUUACCAUCUAUCUUCAUCCUUUCAAAGCAAAAUAUUCUCCAAAGCUCCGCGUUCUCGUACACUCUAAAUCGUAUUUAAAAUGUUAUAAGAUAUAAACGCACUGUUUGACAUUCUUAGGAUUGUGUGAAACUGGAUUAUAUACUUAUAGUCGAAGAUGACCACGUGAUGUGAAAGAAGCCAUAAGAGAGAAAAAAUCUCAUUACGGUAAUUCUAGUCGAGCUGGUUUCUGUUCUCCAAGUCACAUAUUCGUAUUCUGUUAUACCGAAAUUACCAGCCGUAUCUAUGGAAAUGUGAUUUGAAAUUCGAGUCAUACUUGUUCCGGUAAUUAGUAUUUGUCGGUUUCCUUAUGUUGUGCUAUUUCAUAUGAUUGUGAUUAUCAUCAGGACAGUGAUUAUUGAAUAUAACGAACAUCUAAUUUGUACAAUUUUUCAGAAAUUUUGUAUGUUCGAUAAAGCGUCAAGAAAUGUCUUAUUUUGGUGAGCUCGUAAAAUUUUCUCAGUGGUAUUUGUAGCUGGUACUAUAUUACCAUUGACAGCAUUCAGGCCACAAGGCGGUAAACUUAAAUUAUUGCAAGUUUGCAACAAGCUAAGCUCCUCAUGGAUGUGUUCCCGGAGUGCUUCUUUGAAAACAUGCUUAGCCAAAUGGAACCAAGGUACUUAAUGGUGCGUUAUAAACGUCGGCAGCUUGUGGACCGCCUGAACACCGCGAUUAAAGAGCGUGCUCGCAGUAAAGACUGCGACGAAGCAGCGGAAGUUCGUCGUGCUGUUAUGGCAGCCAUACGGUAUCAUGCGAAUUCCGGAAACUCCGGUGAAAGACUUUGUAACAUGGGCAGGUAUCAUAAUAUCCUUUACAUUGCGGUUAAACUCUGCUCUGAUUGGAAUCUCGACGAUAAUUCAAUAGUUAUUCAACUCCUAAACAACAUUUUUCAAUGCGAACGCACUUUUGAACGUCUCUUCGUAGGUGCUAUUUUUGGGAAUCGGGCAACGCACGUAAUAUCAGGAUGGAAGAGUGAUUUUGAAAGUUAUGAAGAGAAUCUUGCAGCCAUUGAAUACUUCUUGAAGCAUGCGACAAAAGCAAAACUUGAGUACGAUAAUUUAAAGAACGGCAAGAAAAUUAGAUUUAUUGACAUUCCUCUGGAAUCUUACAGACGAGCCACGUCGGCUCGUAUCGCUGCUGAAUUUUCAGAAGCCGAAGUAUUGCUUCUCUUGUUGCGAUAUGGCGCCGAUAUGUUGACUGAGUACGAAACCGAUGAAAUGCUGACGGGACAACAGUCAAGGCAGCCUUUCGCAUUCUGUGUUGUUUCCAGUUACCACUUAAAUCAAACAGCAAAAUCUUUAGCCUGUUUAAAAAUUUUGCUUCGCACAGUGUCCACAAUGACAGCAUUUCCGUCUGGUGUGGUCGACCUGAAUAUGCCAUUCUUGGUUGCCACUAGGAAUGCGCUUGGAAUGAACAAAUUUUACUUCCAUCCAAGACUCCUGCAGGAGGGAAUAAUACCACCCUCACGAUCGCAGUUGACGCCGCCCGAACUGAAGCAUUUGAGUCGCUGUGUCAUUAGGAAUGUUCUUCGAGAUAACUGGCAGUUACCGCUGGGUAUCAGGAGCCUAAAAAUACCAUUAAGCCUUCAGAAUUACUUGGACCUUUUAGAAGACUGA